AGCAGGACGUCAAUUCGCUCAAGGAGAUUGGAGUCGAUGGAUUUGUCUUUGGUGCCAUCCAUCCAGACGGCGCCGUUGAUCGAGAAGCCUGUCUUCGAUUGAUUAGAUCUGCCUAUCCAUUACCGUGCACUUUUCAUCGCUGAUGGAUGAUCAGAUUACCAUGGAACCGGCAGAAAGAUGGCAGUGACUUACAGAGCCGUUGAACGUUACUCCGCUCGUCGGUUGCCCUCGGCUUCGCUUCCGUCAUCUUCCAAUGGCGACAUCAGCAGCAGCAGCAGCACGAGACUGAAACAGGCUAAUCAGAUCAUUUGCCGAGCAGCGUCAUUUUACUUCUCUAGAUUCCAGAAAUCGAUACUCCGGUCGGACUUGAGCCUAAUCGGCGCUCUGAGGACGUGGCUGACCAACUUGGCUUUCGCUGCUUACGUCACUUUCUAUUCGCUGCCGUACCAUCUCUUAUCUGAAGUGCUAAAGUGGACCGUCAGAUGGUUGCUGACCACAUAUUACUACUACCGACGGCCGGGCAUCCUUUGCGUGACUUUCGACGAUGAUUUCAACCGGAAUCGGACAACGACAGCCCACUCUUCGUGCUGGGCCUUCUCGGUUUACCUGGUCGAUUCCGGCGGUGCCAGUCCGGCGCAGCUCCGCCAAUCGAUUGCAGAUGGCGCCGAAGAUCGGCCCGCUUUGAAACUCGUCCGCAAAGCGGAAGCUUUUGGCUGGAUCCAUUUGUGGAAGCAUCCGGAAGCAGGUGAAAGGACUCUGGACCGGAUGUCGUCGGUUCAAGAGUUGCCACCCGUUUGGAAACAUCAACUCGUCACCGAGGACACGGUUCACGAGUACAUAUCGGAAGUUUACCGACGACCGGAAGGAGCGGAUGGCGAGCAACCACCUUGGAGGGUGUACCUGAUUCCUUUGGCGCUCUCGCACGAUCCCGACAAAGUUUCUUGGCCAGCCAGUGGCAGUAAUUGCUGUUUGCUGGUUCGAUGUCAUCGACUCUUGUCUCUUCCGCUGGACUCGCUCAUCCGCGAGGCACUCAACAAGCCAUCGAUUGAAAGAGACAACUGCACACCCUCCUCAAUGGCCGUGCAGCAGCGAGUGGUGGUGGUGGCCAAAAGUUUCGACUCGCUUCAACGGGCGGCGAUAGCCACCGGAAACGGAUGGGGGGCUCACGUGUCAUGGACGCGUCCGAUUCCAUCGAUCGGAUUUAUCGACCGCAUCUGCGACUUGACUGGGGCCACCUCCGGACAGGUUGUCCUCACUGCCUUCUGCCAGUCUGUCAACCAGUGCUGCAGGCAAUCAGCAACGGCUGCUGCUGCUGUCGGAGUCCUCCACGUGGAAUUGACUUCGUCGUCGUCGUCGUUGGCUGGAUCUUUCCCAAAUGCGGAUGAUUAUACACUUCCGCUCGGUUCGGCCGCCCUUGACGACGGACAAGUCGUUUUGGAAACACUUAGACGCCAGAGAAAAAACCGGAAGAACCCGUACCGGAUACUUCCAAAAGACACUUUGUUCCGGGGCUUGGCCGAUUCCCCGUCGGCCAUUUUAUCGGUCAAGAUGGAAAUGUUGGCCAGUAGCAGUUCGCUCCCGGGUUCUUUUCUACACUGGAGCUCGUCGCCGACGCCUUUAAUCCCCAUCCGCCUAUGCCUGUGGGCUGAUGAUUCCAGCAUCCGGUUAGGCCUUAUUCAACAUCAUCAACUCUUGUUCCCGGUGAGAGCGGACGACAUCGAACGACGCAUCCAUCAAUUAGCCGCCGGAUUGGGCGUUCAAAACCGACGUCCCCUUUCACGUCAUUCCUCUCCAUCCAGCUCACCCCAACAACGACUAACCCCACCGCCCACUCCCCGCCUUUAAAAAAAAUAAAUGUUUGAUUUAACAAAGUAAAUACACAUAAAUAACAUCUG